AUGGACUGGCAGAGUGCCAAGGACGACGUAAUUGAGGCUAUGACACCUUGUUAUAGUAGCGAGCGCCAGAGCGGGAUCUGGCUUGCUAAAGCAAACGAAUGGAUCAUUCUAGCCUACUACGAUGACUCCAAACAAGUUAGAAGUGCUCAAAUAGCUGCUGCGAGACUGGCUGAUGAGAUCAGAGAAGAUGAAUACUAG